UACUUGCAGCAUUACAUGAGAUGAUGCUAUCUUCGUCACACCUUUAGAGUUAUAAUGUAAGAAAGCAUUUUCUGUCCUACUCCCACCUUGCACCGACUGGCAGCCCCGCGUCACCUGAUUUCAUUACGUGUUUUUGUGUUAUCGGAAUCACACCUCGCAUUCGGGAAAUAAUUAUAUUCUGAAUAAUUAUGGGAAAACGAAAGCGUUCUAGGUCUAGGGAUAGUGAUUAUGAUAGUAUUUUACGGAAAAUCAAAAAGUUGGAGUCGAAAUUACGAAAAAGACGGCGCUUAUCAUCAUCAGCAUCGGUGGAAGGAGAAAGUGAUUCUUCGUACUAUAAGAGAUACGACACACAGGAAUAUGAAAAUCAUAGUUCAUUACAAGCGGAAAAUUACGCAGAUGAUAACGCUGACAUCUACGGCGACUGCCAUCCCGAGUCAACAGAGCCACUUGCCGGACCAUCUACGUCGCGAGCUGCUCCCAUACCUGCGCCACCAACAGAACCCGAAUCUGUGACACACACAGUACCUGUGUCUACGCAACAGGACCCGUCGAGUGUCUACGUAAAUGACGCUCCGGCAACAUCUAUUUUGGAUGAAAAUACACCUUCAUUAGACCCAGAGAUUCUUCAACUGCUUGGCGAGGACCCCACCAGUCAGAAAAAUCAUGGAGAAAAUCUACAUAAGGAUAUCACACCUAGAUGGGCACAUAUAUUAGCUAACGGGCUUUCUAAAGAGAUCCAAUUAGAACUAAUAAAAUGUUAUUUACCGCCAGAAAACUGCCCAAAUAUGAGAGCCCCAAAACUCAAUUUGGAAAUCAAAGCAGCUCUGUUGGAAAUGAACAUUAAAAAAGAUUUAUACAGCCAAAGCAAGCAAAAUCAACUUGCUAGUAGUCUCUCUGCUAUAGGACGAGUUUUGAAUUGGGCCCUGGCAUCAAAUAGUACUGUUCCUCAAGAUAUAAUAAAGACAUUGAGUGACGCCGGCAGACUCAUAUGCGACAGCCACUAUAAAGAAUCACAAUCCAGGCGUUAUGCGGCACUGAGCACUCUUAAUAAGGACAUAAGAGAUACUGUCAAAAAUACAACUAUAGACGAACAUCUUUUUGGUUCCGCAUUAUCAGAUCACAUCAAGUCUUCGAAGGCAAUAAGCAAGACGGGCUCGGAAAUCAAACAAAAGACUCAACGCCCUACGUAUAGGGCCCCGACAACAACAACACAGCCUCGGGGCGCUUUAAACUCGAGGGGGGCGCCGCCGCGCGUAGCAGCAGCGGGAUCGCCGCCUGGAAGCGCCGCGAGGCCGUCGCUCCACCAACCACGCGCGGCAGCAGACGAGGAGACGAUAGGAGAAGGUCCUCAGAACCUGCCAUCCUCUUCACGCGAGUCUUAUCCUGGUGGCAGCCAAAUUAUCAGGGAAUCAAUGAUUAAACGCGGUGUACCUCAAGAAUCCUUAAAUAUAAUGAUGGCUUCUCUUGCAAAAAACACAUUGAAUCAAUACAAUAGUUCCAUAAAAUCCUGGUGGCAUUUUUGCAAAGAGAAUAACUUAGACGUUUACGAGGCUAAUAGUUCAACAGUAUUAUCAUUCCUUACCACAAAAUUUGAAGAGCAAUAUACUAGUUACAGCAGUUUAAACACUCAUAGAUCAGCUUUGUCACUAAUUUUAGGUACGGAAGUAACUGUUAAUGAUUACAUUAACCGUUUCCUUAAAGGUGUUUAUAGACUUGCUCCCCCAAAUCCGAAAUAUAAUUCAACAUGGGACACAAACAUAGUGUUGAAUCAUCUAUCCAAUAUGUAUCCUUACGAUAAUAUCCCAUUAGCUGAUUUGUCACAUAAAACUUGCACACUUUUGGCUAUUGCUUCCGCUCAAAGAAUGCAAACUAUCAGUUUAAUCAAAUUGAAUAAUAUAUCAAAACAAGACAAUGCCAUUGUUAUUAAGAUCACCGACUUGAUAAAAACAUCGAGGCCCGGUUCUUGCCAACCACUCAUCAGAUUGCCAUAUAUCCGUGAAAAUCCCAGUAUUUGUCCCGCGUUGGCUGUUGAAAUUUACAUAGCAAACACCUCUUCUUUGAGACAGAUUCCUGCGGAGGAACAUCUUUUUAUUGCUGUGCGAAAACCUCACAAAAAAGUUGGUUCUCAAACAUUAGCACAUUGGGUGAAAAAGGUGUUGCUCGAUAGUGGUAUAGAUAUUUCUAUAUUUGGAGCACAUAGUACUCGCUCGGCAUCUACAUCCGCCGCUCACAGAUCCGGGGUUAGUCUGGAAGUGGUUCGCAAGGCAGCGGGUUGGAGUAAUUCCUCUAAUGUUUUUAUUAAGUACUAUCGAAGAGAAGUAAUCGAUACAAAUGAAAAUGAUUUUGUUAAUGCCAUAUUUGGUACAUGAUUUGUUAAAUAAAACAAAAGGUUAAUUGCAUUUAUUUUAUUAACAUCGUUAAGAGAACGAUAAAUGUAACAUUAUCUUUAAAAUGAUUUAAGAAUAAGGUUGUUUAACUUAUUUGGUAAAUUGAGAAAUUAAAUAAUUUCACGUCUUUUUCUCACAUACAUUUUUUAUUUUUCUUAUCUCUUACAUUACUUUGCUCUAAACAUCUGCAAGUAAUUAUUAAUCGUCUUCGGUUGAGACCCGAAGUAUAAUUAAGAAUCAAACGAACUUACCUGGUAAAGUUUGAUUCCAAUUAUGCGAGGGUCUCAACCGAAGACGAUUACAUCCCUAUCCCACCCAACCCAAACAGAUAAACAAAAAUAAAAAAUAUAUUUGUAAUAACACAAACUUUGAAAUAAUGAAAUCAGGUGACGCGGGGCUGCCAGUCGGUGCAAGGUGGGAGUAGGACAGAAAAUGCUUUCUUACAUUAUAACUCUAAAGGUGUGACGAAGAUAGCAUCAUCUCAUGUAAUGCUGCAAGUAAUUAUUAAUCGUCUUCGGUU